UAUCAAAUUUUAACUUCAUAAUGUUUGUUAGGUACCAUUGCACCAAGAUAACUAUAAUUGACUUUUAAUGUUGGUAGGUUUUCUAUAAACAUUAUAAAAUUGAAACUUUCAACUAAAUCCACCUUGUCUUCCAAUUUCGAAGUUUCAUAUUCUUUGACCCAAUUUCCAUUUUGCAAUCUAUAAAACCAAAAAAAUAAUAAUAUUCCAGUAUGUUAUAAACUUUAUCACCUUUUCUUCUUGUUGUAAAGUCUAUGAAACUAAACUGUUUUAAUGCGUCUUUCACUAUGGAACCCAUUGUCCCACUGUGUUGCUUUGAUCUCCAACAACAGGAAGAUCCAAAACCAAAACGGGUCGGGUCAGGAUGAAUUCAGCAGAAACCCAUCGAGUAUCCGGGAACACAAGCUUAGAGAAGCUCUUGAUGAAGCAUCUGAAAAUGGGUCACUUGUUAAAUAUCAAGAAAUUGACCCGAAAAUCACACCCACCAAUCAUAGUAACACGUCAGCAAGACCUAGAGCUCAAAAUAUGUUCUUGAAAGCCACUUCUCUUGCUGCUGAUCACACAUUUGAAUUGGAAGACUCGAUCCCGGAUGUUGAUCAAUCGUUUGAAAAGUUUUUGAUCGUGUAUCCUGAUUAUAAGUCAACGGAAAAGAUUGACUUUUUGAGAUCAGAUGAAUAUUCACACCUGUCAGAUCAUCUUCCUAAGGUAUGUCUUGAUUAUUGUGGAUUUGGGUUAUUUUCAUUUCUCCAAACAGUUCACUAUUGGGAAUCAUGCACCUUCAAUCUAUCAGAAAUCACAGCAAAUCUAACCAAUCAUGCUCAUUCUGGUGGGGCCAUUAAAGGAACAAUGGAACAUGAUAUCAAGACUAGAAUUCUUGAUUACAUGAACAUCCCUGAGAAUGAAUACGAGCUUGUCUUCACUGUCAGCAGAGGCUCUGCAUUCAAACUGUUAGCUGAAUCAUACCCUUUUCACACCAACAAACAAUUGUUAACAAUGUUUGAUCAUGAAAGCCAAUCUGUUAACUGGAUGGCACAAUACGCUAAAGAAAAGGGUGCCAAGGUUCAAAACGCUUGGUUUAAAUGGCCAAGUUUACAAGUUUGUUCAACCGAUUUGCGACAACAGAUUACUGGAAAGAAGAGAAAGAAGAAGAGUUCGGGUUCGGGUGCGGGUGCGGGGCUGUUUGUUUUUCCGGUCCAGUCGAGAGUUACGGGUGCGAAAUAUUCGUACCAGUGGAUGUCAUUGGCUCAGCAAAACAAUUGGCAUGUGUUGCUGGAUGCGGGUGCAUUGGGGCCCAAAGAUAUGGAUUCGCUCGGGUUAUCGUUGUUUCGGCCCGAGUUUAUUAUAACGUCGUUUUAUAAAGUGUUUGGGUAUGACCCGAGUGGUUUCGGGUGUCUUCUUAUUAAGAAAUCAGUGAUAGGAAGUCUUCGAAACCAGCCGGGGCAUACCGGGUCCGGGAUUGUGAAGAUUAACCCGGUUUUUCCUUUGUAUCUUAGUGAUUCUGUUGGAGGAAGCCCGGGUUUGACCGGGAUGGGAGUUAAUGGGGUAUCCGAAAAUGGGGCGGGCCCUGGGAUGCCGGCGUUUUCUGGGGCCUACACUUCGGAUCAAGUAAGGGAAGUGUUCGAUACAGAGAUGGAGGAUGACAAAUAUUUCGGUUUUGAGGAGAAUGAGAGCUUUUCGGUUGAUGAUGUGCUGAAAAGUCCGGUGUUUAGUGAUGAGGAGUCACCGGAUAACUCGUUAUGGAUUGAUUUGGGUCGGAGUCCGGUGGGGUCUGAUAUUGUCGGUGAUUCGACCGCACCACAACCGCCCUUUUGGUUUACGAGCAGGAACAAAACCGAACACCCUUUGUCUCCGAAAGCAGGCUCAAAGAUCACCAAAAGCCCCGAGGUUAUGCCAGUUUCGCAGAAUUUGGAUCUAUCAAACCAUAACCAUGUUCAUGAGAUUGAAGAAGUAACCGAAACCGCUAACGAAAGAAGCUCAAAUUCAGAGAGUGCCAUACGUAGAGAGACCGAGGGCGAGUUCAGAUUGUUGGGAAGGAGAGAAGUUAAUUUCUUGGCUACAAAUUUUGAAGAUGAUGAUUAUGAAAGUGAGAAUGUGCAAGAAUCAAGCCGGGAAGAGCCAGAGAUAUCGUGUCGACAUCUUGAUCAUGUAAACAUGUUAGGACUCAACAAGACUACUAUCCGGUUACGGUUCUUGGUCAACUGGCUCGUGACCUCGCUGUUACAGUUAAGAAUCCGUUCAAAUGAUCAAGCCAGCACGCCACUUGUUCACAUAUACGGCCCCAAGAUCAAAUUCGAAAGGGGCGGAUCAGUGGCAUUCAACAUCCGAGACAAGAACAAGAGGGUAAUUAACCCUGAAAUUGUCCAGAAGUUAGCAGAAAGAAACGGGAUCUCUCUUGGUGUCGCGAUUUUAAGCCGUAUACGAAUGGAAGGAAAAGAGAGUGGGUUGAUUCGGGUUGAGGUAGUUACAUGUUCUUUGGGAUUUUUGACCAAUUUUAGUGAUGUGUAUAAACUAUGGGCAUUUGUUGCAAAGUUUAUGGAUCCAGGUUUCAUGAGUAGUGGACUUCCAACUGUUGUGGAAGAUGAAUAAUGGUUAGCUAGUUUUUUUAGGUGAUUUAAGAUGGUGGAAAUUACCAUCAAGUUUAUUAAUUUUUUGUUUAGUUAUAUAUAUAGAGAAUUGUUAUGUUCAUACUUGUUAUUUAAGAUAUUUGGACCUUAGUUAGUGUA